CUCAACUCCUCCUUGUGUAUAGACUUGACUCGACAUGGGUGCCUUGCAGAGUCCCUCCAUGUCCACGACAUUCCAUGAUCUUGCUCGUCACUUGGGUGUUGCUGGUCAAUAUUUCUCAGUCCGAGUCUGUACUUUACGACCCACGCAGCCUCGCCCAAUAGACAGUCUGACUUCGCUUGUCCUUUGUUCCUUUCCUCUGGCCGAGUCCGGGUCCCGGAGUCGCACAAGUCUGCAGCCGCUGUUUGAACGGGGACUGACGUGCGACCCUCCACCGCCCUCAUCUGCACGUUCGCCGAGCUGCAGGUGGGUUUGUUCAACAGUCAUGUCAUUUGUUCCGACAUUCAGUCUCACCUGUACUGUACGUCCUGCAAAAGACUGGUGCGCGGCGACAUGUCGGCAAAAACGAAAAGCAGUGUCAGUGACAUUCGGUUCGGCAGGCGGUGGAUUUUUUUUGUUUUGUUUUCGAGGCGGCACAACAUGAUGGACACGUCUAGUAGUGCAGUGCAUGAACACCUGUUCGCCUGCUUGACCUAAGCUAGGCACCCUCUUGGCCCACCUUUUUGUUCACUCGACGUUCACAGAUUUAUUCUGAUCGGGCCUGGUGGGAUGUCGUGUCGUCCUUGGACUCGGAUUCGGAUUCGAUGCCACAUUAGCUGUGGACAUGGCUGUGGCCUGACCUCCUCACCCAGUAAGCACCUAUAGUGCUUUACUUCCUGGACAUGGCCGGUUCCUCUGAAUACUAGUGAUGGAUGAAUUGUUCAGUGCAGUGCAUAUGCAAACGCAAACGGAACACGCAGCUUGCUAAACUCACCGCUUUCCAUAGCAGGUGGUCGCGGGAUCGAGUCUCUGACUGGUUUCGGAACGUUACCAAUAGUCACGACACCCUCUUUUUAUCAAGAUAAGGGGUUUGGCUAAGCAUCCACCGUGGUGUCUGUCUCAGCACUUGUGUACUAGCAUUCUCGGAUUUCUGACGAGGGAAACAAGGCAUAAUCAGCCCUCAGCCACAUAUAUUGGCCUUGUUUUUGGCCGUCAGUGUUCGGAUCUCAGUGAAGGGAGACUCUUACGCCCAGCUUUGACCGCCGAAAGUUUUCUCUUGUCCACAGGGAUCCAUCCGUGCGUGCGCUGUUAGAGUACAACAUCGAGCAGACCCAUGAAGUCCAGUAAUGCUGGUGGAGGACAACUACAGAAUGCAUAUCCUUGGUCACCUUCAGCAUGGCCUACAUUCCAAUUGCUACCAUGUACCUACGGUCGACGAUGGCGUCAGCCGGAUGUCACGUUCGGUUCUCGGGACUUUCGAUUCAAUCACUCUCUGGUCCUGCAAUAUCAUAUCAGACGGUUCCGAUAUGUGAAUGCCCAGAAAGCUGAUUGUGCCUCGGAUGUCGUGGUCUGGCUAUACUGAUAUAGCUUGACAGUCCAAUCAAUUGAAUCCUGCGAGGCUUGAGCAGCGUUACCAGCCGGGCAUCAAUAAGUACACCAGGAGCGGCUACACACACCACCAAAGAUUUGCCCGACAGCGAAGUCCUUUUGGAAAAACCCUCCAGGCCGGGGUUUUCCCGUGAAGAUCAUUCCCCAACUCAUUGGUACACCAGCAAUGCAGCGGGCGAGAAACCGUUGACCGUACCCAUGCGGGGAUACAGCACGAACCUGUGCUGCGCAUGUACCUACCUGGUAGGCACCUUUCAGUAGUAUACACAUUCUGGGCAACGCAACUAUGAAAAUGCAUCUCUACAACUAGUCCUUCUCCGUUGUGGCUAUCGACGCGCCAGCCGCUGCAGAAGCAUUGAAGCGCUGCGACAAAAACUCACCUGGAACUUGCGCUUGGCUUAUUCCAUUGACCUUCAAUUGUCAGAUUGCUAUCAAGUUGGCUUUCAACUUUUAAUCUCCCGACUUUGACUUCACCCGAGGGCCUGGAUUGACAGAAUUGAAAGCCCAACUUUGCCAGAUUGGAGCUGUCAAUGCCCCAAAGGAUCGACCCCCGUUACGGGGCCGGCCGUUUGUUCCUGCAUUAUUGACUUCUGACAAGAAACUGAAGGGGGUCUGGACUACUUAUUUUGAGACAAAAGUAGCAACGGUCUGCUGUUACCUUCGCGCGCCGCCAAAUUUCAUUCGCCGAACAACCCUUGUCGUUAGUCGCUCCGCCACAGUCAUGCAUCCAAAAACAACUUCAUUCGUCUGUUACCGUUAGCUCAAGAAAGGAACACCUACCCGAAACGGGCCGCUUCGGUGGCUAUCCAAGUAUAGCAUUGUUCUGCCUUGAUUUGUCUCGGUACCUAGAGGCGAAAGUCACUGUUAGGUAGGCGAAGGACAGCAAAACUAACGGUUUGGGUAAGUCAAGGAACCGCCAGCCGACCGCCACAACUGUCAAGAUUUUGACACUCCAGCUCCGAACAAAUGAGGGCGCGGGCGCAUGGCCUUGGAGUCAGAACAAGAUGUCGACGGGCCAGACUCAUUGGCUGGAAUUGCUGGAUGUCUUUUGGGUCUGGAGCAACGUAACAGCAAACAUUGAGCGCAUUGCCUCAGUUCGCCAGCCUUACUGUUGUUGUCUGGGUCAACAGAUCCGGAGGAGCCACGGAUGGGCUGUGGCCUGCAUCGCAGUAUUCCACGAGACUGACAAGCCCAGACGUGGCCGUCUGAUGACGGCCACGCACAAACGAUGAAACCCCAAGCAGGUAAAGAUAAACAGUCCUCUGGCCCGGGCAAAUCCUCUUCUCCUGUUCCUUCCAGGACUGUGUUGUAUCUUGCCGUUCCGAUGUUGAUUUGUUGUUGUUGCUGACCCCUUUACCCUCGUUUGCGACUGUCGCACUCGCUUUUUCUGUUGUGCUUUUGUCCAGGAUGUGCCGUUCGAUUUGUUUCUUGAAGGUGGUGUUUUGUUUGUGUGCCAUUAUUGUGGCGGUCGGGGCAUUCAACUCCUCAACAACAACCUCGACGGCCCGUUCCUAUAAUUAUACCUCGGGCUAUUCCAACUCGUCAUCAAGGACGACUACAACGACGUCAAGCCAGAUAGACACGUUCACCUACCCGCCCUCACCGCAGGAUACCGUCACACAUAUCCUUCCUGAAUCCAUAUCAGACAUUAUAUUCCCUACGGCCAUCCCGCUUCGACCGAUCAGGCCUCAGAACAUUCGUAGCGGAAGAUGGGGACUCCCACAAGCGCGGACAAAUGGUAGAUCUCUCCUUGGGACACUACCACAGGGUGGCAAAGGAGGCGCCCCAAGAUUCCCUCGAUUUCUUGGAGUACCGGGUUACGGUGGCGGGGUUUAUGCUGGCAAUAACAACUGCAACUCGGACGACUGUAAUGGCGCCAGCAAUGGCAGUGGUGAAACCACUACCCCAGGACCCCAGUUUGCUGGUGGUGGACAAGGUGGCGGACCAAGGACUUUUCCCUGGGGCUCAAGGACAGCCACAAACACCGACCCAUACAGCGAUCCCCCAAAGACCGGAGUUGUACGCAAGUAUAACUUCGUGAUUAAACGCUCCGUCAUGGCACCGGACGGCGUGGAAAGAGAUGUGAUUGUUAUCAACGGACAGUUCCCCGGACCCACCAUCGAAGCCAAUUGGGGGGACACCAUUGAAGUUACAGUUGUGAAUGCGAUAACCGGUCCCCAGGAAGGCACUUCCCUGCACUGGCAUGGCCUUUUGCAAAAAGGCACACCGUAUGAGGAUGGAGUUCCUGGCGUCACUCAAUGUCCCAUCGCCCCCGGUCAAACGUUUACCUAUUCUUUCAACGCCGACUUGUACGGGACCAGUUGGUAUCAUGCCCACUAUUCGGCCCAGUACGCUGGGGGAGUCUUUGGUGCCAUGAUCAUUCACGGCCCGGUUAAUGCGCAGUAUGAUGUGGAUUUGGGACCGGUACUCCUUACCGAUUACUAUCACGGCAGCUAUUACGAUCUCGUCGAGCAGGUCAUGGGUACCGACUUGAACAAAGUGGCACCACCCUCCGAUAACAAUUUGAUCAACGGCAAAGGCACAUUCGACUGCUCAGUGAUUGGCAACAGUACUAAUUGUACCUCGGGCGCCGGGUACUCGAAGUUUCAAUUUACAAAAGGACAAUCAUACCGACUACGACUGAUUAAUGCCGGAGCAGAGGCUAUUCAAAAGUUCAGCAUCGACAACCACCAGCUCAAAGUCAUUGCGUAUGAUUUUGUGCCCAUUGUGCCGUACACGACACAAAUUGUUACAUUGGGCGCUGGACAACGAGCAGAUGUCGUCGUCGAAGCAAGUGGGGCUUCCACCGAUGCAGUCUGGAUGCGCACGGUCAUCAGCAAUUGUUCCCUCACUAACCAACCGUACGGAUACGCAAUGGUGUACUACGAAAAGGCGGAUGUCUACAGCAAACCCAACACGACAGCAUGGCCUGACACUACCCCGACUGGUGUCGACCAUUGUGCCAAUGACGCUCUCAGUCUAACCACGCCAUACUUUCCCAUCUCACCACCCAGUACGCCGGCCAACGAGAUUUCGGUUGAUCUCAACUUUGGCCUGAAUGCCACGGGUCACCUGGUCUGGACCAUGAACAACUCGACCUUCCGCACGUGCUACAAUGACCCGGUUCUAGUUCGGACGCAGGAAAAUGCCAGCAACACCAACAAUGGGACAUUACAGUUUCCUACGGAGUGGAACGUGUUUGAUUUCGGCAAUGCAAGCUCCAUCCGCAUCAUUCUGAGGAAUUUGUCCCCCAUUCCUCAUCCCAUGCAUAUGCACGGACACAACAUGUACCUGUUGGCCGAAGGGAUGGGCGAAUGGGACGGCACAAUCGUCAGACCUGAGAAUCCCAUGAGGAGGGAUACCCAGCUGCUCCGACCUGCCGACGCGUCGGGCAAUCCGGGAUACAUGGUGCUCCAGAUCGACGCGGAUAAUCCGGGCGUAUGGCCUUUUCAUUGCCAUAUUGCGUGGCAUGUCAGUGGUGGAUUAUAUCUCAAUAUCUUGGAGCACCCGGAUGAUAUUGCCAAUAUCCAGACGCCAAGCGAGGUCACCGACUUGUGCCAGACCUGGGGCGAUUACACUCGACUUGGACCAAUUGACCAAAUCGACUCUGGGCUAUGAUGCGGCGUGACCUGAUGUGAUGGUGCUCGUCGAAGUCGAGCGUCGACAAGUAUCUAUCCAUUGAUUCCGCAGGCUUCCAGCGUAUGCUCGAAAUCAUCACAAGGCCUUUGUUCCGGCAGCUGGUGGUGGCCCCAGGGCCCCCUUUUGAAGGACCCAGGAGACCGCCGUAUUCAACACGGUGGUGAAUUUGAACUUGAACUUGUUCUGUGGUGGAACAGGGUUCUCCGAGUUAGAGAUGGGGUACCUCCCCAAACAGCUAGGACUUUGAUGCCUGGGAGGCCGCUGUAUCCUCGAAACAAUGAAAAGGUCUUUUGUUCCGGCAGCUGGUGGUGGCCCCAUGGCCCCUUUUCGAAGUACCCGGGAGACCGCUAUAUUCAAAGAGUGGUGAGUUUGAACAACUUUUGUUGCGGAAGAGAGUU